AGGGCGUGCUCCGCCCCGCGUGGGAGGAGGAGCCAAGCCGCGAAGGAAACACACGGAAGAAGCCGAGUCCGCCCCGGGUAGGGGCCGGGCCGUGGCGGAAAGGGCCGGGAGAAGCCGAGCUGCUCCGGAAGGGCCCGAGCCGAGCCGAGCGGCGGGCCUUGUUCUGCGGCCGGCCGGGUGUCCGGAAGCCGCUGAGCCCGCAGCCGCUGGCGAUUCCCCGCAGCCCCAGCGUAGGCUCACGUCGCAUUACGUGUACUUCGAGAACUCUUCCAGCAACCCGUACCUGGUGCGGCGCAUCGAGGAGCUCAACAAGACUGCAAAUGGAAACGUGGAAGCGAAGGUGGUCUGUCUGUUCCGGAGAAGGGACAUUUCUAGCAGUCUCAACAGCCUGGCUGAUAGCAAUGCCAGGGAGUUUGAGGAGGAGUCAAAGCAACCGGGGGUUUCAGAGCAGCAGAGGCAUCAGCUGAAGCAUCGGGAGCUUUUCCUGUCUCGGCAGUUUGAGUCGUUACCAGCCACCCACAUAAGAGGGAAGUGCAGCGUGACCCUCCUCAAUGAGACAGAUAUCCUGAGCCAGUACCUGGAAAAGGAGGACUGCUUUUUUUACUCACUGGUGUUCGACCCUGUGCAGAAGACGCUGCUAGCUGACCAGGGGGAGAUCAGAGUUGGUUGCAAAUACCAAGCUGAGAUCCCUGAUCGCCUGGUAGAGGGAGAACUGGACAAUCGGAAUCAGCAGAAGAUGGAGAUGAAGGUCUGGGACCCAGACAACCCCCUCACGGACCGGCAGAUUGACCAGUUCCUCGUGGUGGCCCGAGCUGUGGGGACCUUCGCAAGAGCCCUGGACUGCAGCAGUUCCAUCCGGCAGCCUAGCCUGCACAUGAGUGCAGCUGCUGCCUCCCGAGACAUCACUCUGUUUCAUGCCAUGGACACACUGCAGAGGAACGGCUACGACCUGGCCAAAGCCAUGUCUACCCUGGUACCCCAGGGGGGCCCGGUGCUGUGUCGAGAUGAGAUGGAGGAGUGGUCUGCCUCUGAGGCCAUGUUGUUCGAGGAGGCCCUGGAGAAGUAUGGGAAGGAUUUCAAUGACAUCCGUCAGGACUUUCUGCCCUGGAAGUCACUUGCAAGCAUAGUCCAGUUCUACUACAUGUGGAAGACCACAGACCGGUACAUUCAGCAGAAGAGAUUGAAGGCUGCUGAAGCAGACAGCAAACUGAAGCAAGUCUACAUCCCCACCUAUACUAAGCCAAACCCUAAUCAGAUCAUUUCUGUGGGUUCAAAACCUGGCAUGAAUGGAGCUGGAUUCCAGAAGGGCCUGACCUGUGAGAGCUGCCACACGACGCAGUCUGCCCAGUGGUAUGCCUGGGGCCCGCCCAACAUGCAGUGCCGUCUCUGCGCUUCCUGUUGGAUCUACUGGAAGAAGUAUGGGGGAUUGAAGACCCCAACCCAGCUUGAGGGGGCUGCUCGGGGCUCCACAGAGCCACACUCGCGGGGUCAUUUGUCUAGACCUGAAGCCCAGAGUCUCUCUCCCUAUACGACCAGCGCCAACCGGGCCAAGCUGCUGGCCAAGAACAGGCAAACGUUCCUGCUGCAGACCACAAAGCUGACCCGGCUUGCCCGGCGGAUGUGCAGGGACCUGCUGCAGCCGAGGAGGGCGGCCCGGCGGCCCUACGCCCCGAUCAAUGCCAAUGCCAUCAAGGCAGAGUGCUCUAUUCGCCUUCCAAAGGCUGCCAAGACACCGCUGAAAAUUCACCCUCUGGUGCGGCUGCCCCUGGCAACGAUCGUCAAGGAUCUGGUGGCUCAGGCACCUCUGAAACCAAAAACACCUCGGGGCACCAAGACCCCAAUCAACAGAAACCAGCUGACUCAGAACCGGGGCCUGGGAGGCAUCAUGGUGAAGCGGGCCUACGAGACGAUGGCAGGGGCAGGAGUCCCUUUCUCUGCCAAUGGAAGGCCCCUGGCCUCGGGGAUCCGCUCAGGCUCACAGCCAGCAGCCAAACGCCAGAAACUAAACCCUGCAGAUGCCCCCAAUCCUGUGGUGUUUGUGGCCACAAAGGAUACACGGGCCUUACGGAAGGCUUUAACCCACUUGGAGAUGCGGAGGGCUGCCCGGAGGCCCAACCUACCCCUGAAGGUGAAACCAGCACUGAUGUCAGUGCGGCCCCCAGUCCCUCUGCCCACACCCUCACAUCCGGCCAGCACCAACGAGCCUAUUGUCCUGGAGGACUGAGCUUCGAGGGCCAGGGAGCCAGGGUGGAGCCUAGGACCUACACAUCCCUUCUCUGGAGCAUGAGGGACUGUGGGGGACCAUGGAGGCUGGGUGCCCUUGGUCUUAGCACCUGGGGACUGGGCCCCUCCUUGGUUCUCCCUGGGUGUGGAGCUUGCCCUUGGGACACCUGCACUGUUCUGGAGGGUUCCUUCCACACUUGUCUUGGACAGUUUCAGGGGGAGGGUUUUUUAAUUUUUUAAAAAUUUUACCUCCCUUUGUGAAAGGGAACGGGAGGGGAAGAGUGACUGCUCUCAAGUGAUGGCACCUGGCUGGGGGCGGGGGGCGUGCACUGCCAUGUCUUUCUUGUUUUUUUCGUAAUUGGGGGGUUUCUCUUCCUGUCCGGUGUCCGGACUUUGCUAAUUGGUAUUUGAAGCCCCUGAGCUGGCAUCAGCCCCAGCCCACGCUCGCUCUUUCUUUUCUCCCCCACCCCCGCCUUUUGUAUGCCAAUUCUCAGAAAUAAAGAUCUUUUGUCCGUUUUUUUAA